AUGCUCUGUUCUUCAAUUAUUAUUCAAUGGACUUCACGAAUGAAUUUAAGAAGUGUUGGAAAAUUAGCUGCUGCUCGACGCAGAAGAGUUCGAAAUUUCUUACUGGGUUGCCUAUUUGUUUUUGGAUUUCUCGCAUGUUGGUGCAUAAUAACAAUAUUAAUCUUAAUGGCUCAAGAAACGCUUUUAAUAGCAUCGAAUGGAGAUGGCGAGAGCAGCGAAGCUUUUGUCACAAGAGGUGUCCAAGUUAUUGUUGGCCAUUAUAAUGGGAAUUUGCCAGUUGAAAGACUUUCGAAUCUAACAGAUGAACAGCUGAAUGCGAACAAUUAUUCUCCUGUUCCUGAUGCUGGAGCAAAUGGUAAUGGUGUUCACUUAAACGACUAUGAGGAGCGCUUAUCGGAUAACACUUUUGGCAUCAAUCAAUUUAAUCUUAUGAUCAGUGAUCGAAUACCUGUAAACAGGUCUUUGCCGGACGUUCGGCGACAACAUUGCAAACGAAAAAUUUACUUAGCACCAUCGGAACUACCGACCACAAGCGUAAUUAUUGUCUAUCAUAAUGAAGCCUUCUCAACACUAAUGCGCACUGUAGUGAGUGUUAUAAAUAGAACGCCUAAAGAGGUUUUGGAGGAAAUUAUUUUGGUUGAUGAUUUUAGCACAAGAACAUUCUUAAAGGAUGAACUCGAUCGCUAUGUAAUACAGCUUGGAAUACAUAUCAAAGUGAUCCGCGCCAAAGAACGGAUUGGUCUCAUAAGGGCACGCUUAAUUGGGGCAAGAGAAGCUCGGGGCGAUGUUUUAACCUUCCUUGAUUCACACUGCGAGUGUACGAAAGGAUGGAUAGAACCACUCUUAACUCGAAUAAAAGAAAAUAGGAAAGCAGUAGUUUGCCCAAUUAUUGACGUAAUUAAUGACCGUACUUUUGCGUAUCAAAGAGGAAUUGAAUUGUUCCGAGGUGGUUUUAAUUGGAAUCUUCAAUUUCGUUGGUAUGUCGUGCCUCCAGAUAUGGUGAAAAACCGAAGCAAAGAUCCUACAAAGCCAAUCGAUUCACCAACGAUGGCUGGUGGAUUAUUUAGCAUCGAUAGGCACUAUUUUGAAGAACUUGGCACAUACGAUGCUGGAAUGGAUAUUUGGGGAGGCGAGAAUAUUGAGAUUUCAUUCAGAAUAUGGCAGUGUGGUGGUCGCAUUGAGAUUCUUCCUUGCUCUCACGUUGGUCAUAUCUUUCGAAAAGCCUCUCCACACGAUUUCCCAGGAAAAAGCUCGGGGAAAAUAUUAAAUAAAAAUUUACUUAGAGUGGCCGAAGUUUGGAUGGACGAAUGGAAAUAUUUAUUUUAUAAAACAGCUCCACAAGCUUUGAAAAUGCGAAACUCUACCGAUGUUAGUGAUCGAAUAGAACUCCGCAAGCAUUUAAACUGUAAAAGCUUCAAAUGGUAUCUUGAAAAUGUCUGGAAAGAUCAUUUUUUGCCUACAUCCAACUCGACAUUUGGGAGGGUUCUUCAUUUGAAAUCCAAAUCUGUGCGAGCCUUGUCAUGUUUGCGAUGGAAUAUACCUCUUGGUGAAAAUAUAGCUUUUGUACGCUCAAAUUACUGCCUCGUAGCAAGACCAGGUGAUCCAGGCAAAAACGCGCAAAGCUUAACUAUGUCACAAUGUUCACUGGGCUUCGAUUUAUGGCAGCUAUGGUUAUACAGUGGUGAUGGGAAGAUCAAAACAGAUGAACAUUUAUGCCUAAGUGGAUAUCAGCCAAUAAAUAGUGAGAAUAAGUGGUCAGUGCAAUUGAAAGAAUGCGGUGGAUACGAAAAUGAAUUCUGGGACUACAAUGCUAAGAGAAAAUCAUUCUAUCAUCGAAAAAGUGGUCUUUGUUUGGAUGAGCCGAUGAGAAGGAUGGAUGGAGGAAGAAUAUCGUCGAUUUACGUGCCAAUAUUGAAUAAAUGUUAUCGACGAUCCAUCUCACAGGUCAGCAUUGAUUUUGUCAGACUGAAAUAA